AUGACUCUGACGCAUAUAUCUUCCGAAAAACUUCAUCAAACCCAACAAUGUACAAGCAAUGUUCGGAAUAUUUGCAUCAUUGCUCACGUCGACCACGGUAAAACAACACUCUCCGAUUUUCUUGUUUCCAGUAAUGGAAUUAUUUCUACCAAUCUUGCAGGCAAAAUGAGAUAUAUGGAUAGCACAGCCUACGAGCAAGAAAAACGAAUUACAAUGAAAUCUAGUGCUAUUUGUUUAUUAUAUCGACGAAAGGAGGAAAUCCAAUCAUCCUCUCAAAACGAAGUUUCACAACAAUCAGAUUCUUCUUCUUCAACAAUCACUAAAGAUUAUGUCAUCAACUUGAUUGACUCUCCAGGACAUGUCGAUUUCAGUAGUGAAGUAUCGACGGCUGCUCGUCUCAGCGAUGGAUGCCUUGUCUUGGUUGAUGUUGUAGAAGGUGUUUGUACUCAAACACGAACAGUUCUAGAACAAGCAUUCAGAGAACACAUUAAACCAUGCUUGGUUUUAAACAAAAUUGAUCGAUUAAUUUUGGAAAAACAAAUGACACCAAUGGAGGCUUACCGACAAAUGUUGCACAUUUUGCAACAGGUCAAUGUCUUAAUGACAACAUUUGUGACCGCACAAUUAUUUAAAAAAAUCAACACAGAUGAAGAGACAACUGACAACAAGGAGAACGCUGAAGAUAGCUCAGACGUAACGAAAACCAAACAAGUUUAUUCAAACGUAUUUGAUGAGUAUCAAGUGGAUAGUAAUGAUUUCUUUUCCCCUCAAAAAGGAAACGUGUUAUUCGCUAGCGCCUAUGACGGAUGGGGAUUUAGAAUUAAUGAAUUUGCUGAACUAUUUUCUAAGAAAAUGGGCAUGAAUAAGAACACUCUGCAACAAACAUUGUGGGGCGAUUUUUAUCUCAAUGCUAAAAAGAAAACUAUUUCUAAAAAGCCACUUCGUGACGAUCAGCCUAACAUGUUCGUUCAAUUUAUCUUGCAAAACAUUUACAACGCCUAUGACUGUGUGUUGAUAAAUAGAGAUGAAGAGAAGAUCAAGAAAAUGAUUCAAUCGUUAGAGUUGAACUUAUCAAAGGCAUUUCUCUCCAAAAAUGAUCACAAGACUCAAUUGAAAACAUUAAUGAAUCAAUGGUUGCCACUUUCAGACUCUAUCUUGGAAAUGGUUGUGACUAAAUUACCCAAUCCUCAAGAGGCACAAAAAGAACGUAUUUUAGAUUUGAUACCUGAAUUGAAAACUGUGGAUGAAAAAGACUUUACUCAAGAUAAUGUUCCAUUGGGCGGAGACGCUUCUGAUAAUAAGUUAUCGAAAUUAAUUCAUGACAUCCGAGUACAAAGAAGAAAGUUGAAGAAAAAUUUAUUGGAGUGCGACAAGAGUGACAAUGCUGAAGUAAUGAUCUUUGUCUCUAAAAUGUUCGAAGCAGAUGAAUUGCCAACACAAGGUGGAUCUUCAUCCAAAAUGGAUCACAUCCAACUUCAACGAGAACGAUUGAAAAAGUUGAGAGAAGAGAGAUUGAAGCAAAAGAGUAUGGGUGUGCAAGCUCAAGCAUCACUCGAUAGUGAAACAAGUACAUUGGAGGAGCAACAAGAUCAACAUCAACAACAACAAGAAGACAAACCUUCUAGUAGUGAAAUUAAUCACAACACCACCACCACCGUCACCACUACUGCUGAUGAGCAUCAAAAAAAGAGUGUAUCCUUCGAGUCAAUGCCAUCUUCCAGCACUCACAAUAUCGCUAACGACGAUGAAGAAGAAGAAGGCACAAAUGGAGCACUCUCUACGGCAGCCAUUGCUACCAACAAAUUAGUGGCAUUUUGUAGAAUUUUCAGUGGAACGAUCCGAGUUGGACAAACCUUACACAUUCUUGGACCACGAUACAAUGCAUCAUCUCCCAACGAGGAUCGAAUUGAAUUCAAAGUUGAAAGAUUGUAUCUUCUCAUGGGCAGAGGAUUGGAAUGUGUGGACAGUGUUGCAGCUGGUAAUGUAUUUGGACUGGGAGGAGUUGGGAAACACAUUCUCAAAACAGCAACCAUUUCAUCGAGUAUUUAUUCACCCAUCUUCUCAUCCAUGUACAUUCAAUCCAUUCCCAUUGUGAGAUUUGCUAUUGAGCCAAAGAAUUUAAUGGACAUGCCUAAACUUGUCCGUGGAUUGAAGUUAUUGAAUCAAGCAGAUCCUUCCGUUGAAGUUCUUGUUCAAGAAACUGGAGAACAUGUCAUUGUCACGGCAGGUGAAGUGCAUGCAGAGCGUUGCAUUCGAGAUUUGAAUGAAAAAUUUGCAAAAGUACCCAUUACUGUCUCUCCACCAUUGGUGAGUUUUAGAGAAACCAUUGUGGAACCACCACAAGUAGUGACUGAGAGUGGUGCUCUUUCACAACCUCCAUCCAUUGCUAAAAAGAAAACAGCCAAUAAGAAAUGGACCAUUCUUAUUAAGGCCAUUCCUCUCCCAGAUAACAUUGCAUCAUUCAUUGACAAACAUAGAGACGAUCUGAGAGCUUACUUUUCUAAUCAUGAUUUAAAGAGAACUGCAGUCUUUGUCACCUCUGAAGUUAUUGAUCAAUUGAGAAUGGAAUUUGUGAAAGCUGGAAAACAAUGGGAACAAGAGUGGGACAAUUUGUGGUGUUUGGGACCUCGACGUAUUGGACCCAAUAUUCUCCUGAAUCAUAUCAGUGAUUAUAGACCUCCAUAUUUUGAACCAUUGCAUAAGCAAAUUUCAAACAUGUUGUUGUCGAGUGGUGUCAAGCAGUCGCAAAAUACUCUUAAAAGUAGCAGUGUUGCUGAUGAGGAGGAGAAUACAUUGACACUCUCAACUACUACAGCUGCUGCCACUACUUCUAACACGACAACAAGAUCAAACACAGGUCCAAAAACAACACUCACUCCUGAACAGCAACAACAACGUGUGGAAUUACUGAAACAAUUCGAUCACUCAUUCAUUUCUGGCUUCCAAUUAGCAACAGCAUCUGGACCAUUGUGUGAUGAACCCAUGUAUGGAGUAUGCUUUUGUGUUGAGGAUGUGAUUUUUGAAGAGAAGAAUACAUUGCAAGGAUCUUUACCAUCUCCUGGCUCUGUCUCUCCACACGUGAAUUCCAUGAGUAGUAGUGACACAACAAGUAUUUCACAAACUCCUCAAGCAUCAUCAUCAUCACAAGAAUUGACUACCACCAACACUACUACUUCUCCAGGAUUCAUCUCAACCGAAUAUCAAGAUCAUGGUGGACCAUUCACAGGUCAAAUUAUGAGUGCUGUGAAAGGUGCAUGUCGUAAAGCAUUUGAUUCAAGUCCAAGAAGACUUGUCGAAGCCAUGUAUCACUGUGAAAUUCAAGCAAGCAAUGAAAGUGUUGGAUCUGUGUGUGAUGUAUUGAGAAGACGUCGUGCCAAGAUUUAUUCUGACGAUAUGGAAGAAGGAAGUAAUUUGUUCAUUAUUCAAUGUUAUUUACCUGUUGCUGAAAGUUUUGGAUUUGCAGAGGAAUUGAGAACUAAAACAAGUGGUGCUGCUCAACCUCAAAUUGCCUUCUCACAUUGGCAAAUUUUAGAAGUCGAUCCAUUCUAUGUUCCCACAACAGAGGAUGAAUUGGAAGAGUGGGGAGAACGAGGACUUGCCAAUAUUCCAAAUAUUGCAAAACAAUAUAUUGACCAAGUGAGAAAGAGAAAGGGUUUAAUGUUGGAUAAGAAGAUUGUGGAAUUUGGAGAGAAACAACGAACACUUUCAAAGAAGAAGUAA